AAGCAGUGGUGCGCUUUCCAACACUUUUGUUUAGAGCGCCCGAACUGAAUAACUAAGUCACUUGUACUAUCUUAACCUACGACUAUGGAAAACUACGAUGAAUCUAUUAUGGUGAAUUGUCCCUACAACAAAGAGCACAAAAUGUUAAGGAAGAAACUCCAGCAGCAUAUCCUGAAGUGCCGAGAGCUUUACAAAGACACGGUGGAGUUGAAAGUCUGCCCAUUCAACAAGAUUCAUUUGAUCCCAGAGCCGGAGUUUUUUCAACAUGUCAAAAUCUGCGAGGACCGUAAGAUCAUAGUACAAUAUCAGACAAGUGCAGCGGCUGUUUUGGACCAAGAUACUAGGCACGCCAAAAUAGAAUGCGAAGAAAAUUGGGAUGAUGUCAACGAGCCCGAUUAUGAUCCUCAGGCCUACUGCUCCAAUGCGAAUAUUGUCCGGGAGCCUAAUGGGAUGUUUCCCUCGGAAAGGAAGGCGUUUAUUAAGGAGGAGAAUCGCCGUCGUUUCGGAGACGACUACGAAGACGAGGAAAAGCCAAAAAAGAACAAGUCCAAGGAUCCUCGCAGGGAGAACAGAUCUACGCCCUACAAUCUCAACGCGAAUAACAGAAAGUGAUCGUAAUAGGUUCCUAAACGCAGCUAGUUUUUUUUUUUAAAAAUACAUAUACUUAAGCAGUCACAGUCAUCAACGGUUUAUUCAAUUAUUAACAAAGGUUUCAGUGGCAUUCUAAGCUUCGUCCUUGUCAUCUUUAGCCUUCUCCUUUUGCUUUUCUUGCCAAAGUGCGAAACGCUUGCGCUCCUCUUCCCUGAAUUUUCUCCCAUCAUCGCGGGAGAGUCCGUAAUGGGAUCGAACCACAAAGUUUUCUUUUUCCAUUAAAUUUGGAGUGUAAGUAGGGACGUCUUCAUCAACAUCCCAGUCUGCUUCACACGGUACGCUCUUUUUCUGAUCAGUCUUUGGACUUUCGUCCGGUGUGACUUCCCAAAUGUCCGAUCUAUUGACACAUUUCUUGACGUGUUCCUAUUUAGUAGUCAGGAAAAAAUAUCAGAUUAUAAAUGUUAAUUAUACUUAUCGUACAUCUAUUUUCCACUUGCAAACCCGGUGGGAGCUGUUAAAAGGACAUAUAAGAAACUUGUCAGGAUUAAAAUCCUUGCCCCUACAAUGCACAAGAUGAAUAGACAUACGACCGCGCAGGACGCGAUGAGAUCUAUCGUACGGGCAUAUCACUACCUCGUGGAAAGAAGGGAAGUCCAACUCCUUUUUGCGAAGACUUGGCAUUUUGUACCAUUUAUGGGACAUUUUUAAAUUGAAUAAGUAUUGAAUUGAAUAUGUCUGCUAAAGAACUAAAUCGCAGCGAAAGAUCUACUAUUAGUAGAUUACAAAAAAAAAAAACAAUAUUUGAUACAAACCUUUUUCAGAAAAGCAGAGAUGAUAUACUAUAAGAUAUGUUCGUAUGUGUUUACAGCCAGCAGAUGAUACUCACUGUUUUUAAAAAAAAAAACAAAAAACUAAACUAAACUGUUUUGAAAAAAAAACGCAAAAAUAAAUUCCGAUAGAUUUCAGAAAAACAAAAAAAACAAAACAAAAAACGAAAAUACGAAAAAAGAAAACGAAAACUCUAAACUGUUUUGGAAUAACAACGGAAAAUCUAUUUCCAAAAAGAAAACUCAAAACUGUAAUGAAAAAUAACGGAAAAAUAAUCUAUUUCCAAAAACAAAAUGAAAACUUGAAACUGUUUUGAAAAAACCACGGAAAAUCUAUUUCCAAACGCAAAACUGGAAACUGUUUUGAAAAAACAACGCAAAAAUGAAUUCCGAAAAUCUCGAAAAAAAAUAAUAGAACGGGAACGAUAUUUUAGAAACACUCAACGAACUGAACUCAACGAUCACUUAACGUAAAGUGAAAAUAAAUUUACAUUUUUCCUACAGGCAGUCAGAAAUGGAACGCAUGGAUUACUUGAUCAGAUGAAUGGAUCUCGUUUGCUCAAAGUUAGUUAGUUUAGGUUAUAGGCAUAAGAUUUAGAUCUCUAAUUGAUUAAGAUUUUUAUAGCAUUUUGUAAUCUUUAAAUAUUCCAAUUGUUAAGCCAACCACUGAAGUUGCAAACUUUUGGGAAUCAAAAAGCGUUGUUCAAGAAGACACACACUUCGAGAAGGUUUUGGCUUUAUCCACUUUUCAAAUCAAAACAUUAAGAUGAUCCAUUUGCGAAAAGAACUAUUCUUUAUUGUAAAGAAAGGUGGCAUUUUCACACGCUAUUUUUUUUUUUGUUGUUGAUUUGUUUUUUACACUCUAAUCCGUACGGUAAAAACAGUAAACAGUGUGUCACAUUGGCUGGUCCACUAUGCUGCUUCUCCUUUACGCGGU